GCCUCAAUGCCCGCUACAGAUACUACUGCAAUAUCGCAGCAUCCAACAUGGUUACAACGACACGCUCUGCUACGAGCAGCCCUGUGAAAAAGCAGUCAAGCAAUACUUCGAUCAAUGAUAGCAAGAAGCAGAUAGAACCCCUCACACAUUUUAUUAUCCCGAGAGACACUUCCGGUCGAGCACGAUUUGUCCUGUUGAAACAUCCAAGGGAUUCGAGCAUACGACGUUUCCUCUUCUCCCCAGAAAAAGGCCUCUAUGAAUUUACCAAACUCUCUACAACCUCCACAGAUCCCAGAAGCCUUUUCUUCGACGGGUCCGAGCAGGAGAAAGACAUAACUGGAUCGGCAGUAGCAACAGAGCAACCCAAUGAGACAUUUGGACCCGGAUAUAUCAGCAGGAGCGCGGAAAUAUUUGUAGCCACUGCAUUCGAUGUCGCCUUUCUACUCAUCCCACUUGUGCUACCGGUCAAGGCACAGUCUGGGAGGAUGCUCUUCCAGCCCUUGGACGACAUCUUUGAGCAACACGUAGAGAACGACAAGCAUCUACGUUAUAUUCUCGAAAACGGACGGGACGUGGUCGAAACAGCGAUGUCAAGAUUCUGUGAUACAAUGGAGGCUGGAGACGAGCAGAUGUAUCGGCCAAAUGAAGAUCAAACAUUACGAAUGCUACUGCAAAAGGUUGACAGUGCAAUUGAAAAAGGGUUACCCCCAAGUAUGGAAGAGAAGUUUGUGGCAAGAGCAUUGGAAGCACCCGUGCUAAGUGUCAAACGGGAAGAUACCAUCAUUUCUACUACGAGAUCGGAGUCACUUGCACAAGAAGAGAACGAUGCUGCUUCCGACAGUUUUGACUCGCAGUCCACCUCAGCCAGCUCCGCCCCAUCAGCAGUCUUCUCGGAAGUGUCCGUUGCCAGCUCGGUCAGCACCGUGGUUUCAAUAUCAGAAACAGUAUCUAAAGAGCUGAUCGAUCUACGAAAGCAAAGCAUGAUUCUUGAUUUCAUUCUGGCAUCAUACCUGCCGACAUCGAUAGCAGACCGCCUAAAAGCCCGAUUGAGUGCCAAGGACUCGCCGAUCAACUUAGCACCGCUCGAAGAGCACAUGAAGUCACUUGCUGCCCUGAGGGCGGAGGCGAUGGCAUCCAGGUCAAUUGGAGACUUUUCUCGGAAACGAGGACUUGACGACGAGGAAACAGCAGAUUUCCGAGCCGAGAAGAAGCGCAAACAAGAGGAGGAGGAUCGAAAGAAGAAGUUGAGUGAGUCAAGAGGUGUCCGAGACCUGAAAAAAGUCAACGUGUCGGGCAUGAAGAAGAUGAGCGAUUUCUUUGGCAAGAAACCUGUUGCAAAGGCCAAAGGGUGAACAUUUGUGGAUUGUGGCAUCUUUCCACUUAUCGAGGGACGGUGUGCUUUACCGAGAGGACUUUCACUCAGUUUGCGAGAAGCCCAUGAGCGGACGAUGAACCCGUGCAUCCAACGCCAGCCAUGGUGGUAUUUCACUCCAUUACAUCUUCGACAUCGCGGCUUCCGCCUCACCCUGUAGCACCGAUACAGGAAGUGCACAUGCUUGUCUGCACCCCAGCAAGGCAGGUUCCUCAGGCCUCAGGAUACCGGCCUGUGGUAACGGAAGCAACUCCAUUUGCACGAUGGUUCAGCCUUCCUCGAGCCCGGGAGUUAUUCGUCGGGUCCGAGGACUCUCCGGUAACGGUUUACCCUCGUCCGGAUAAUCCACCUGUCCAACUGAAAGGGCA